AGUGUGUGCUUGCGCAAGUCGGCUGCGGCGGCACGGCGGAGUGUGUAAGGUCACCUAAAGUCAUCUAGCGGGAAUAUAGGGCUUGAAAGUGGUACGUCACAGCAUAGCAACAAUUUCAAAAAUUCAAAAACUGGAUCCACUUGGAUCCAGUUUUUGUAUGGAUCCAAGCACAUUUCAAGCGGUCUUACCCACAGCAUGGUGAUGUAGCCAGUGAAACUGACUGAUUUGGCUACUGGGGGCGGGGUUACAACUGGUGGCGAAAUAAAAGUCACACCUGCAUGCGACAUGAGUGGGUUGCUAUGCACCCACAUACUUAGGCAGUAGCAAAGUCACACCUUAGUGGAUCCAAAAAUAGAAAUCUGAUGUCAACUUUCUACUCCCUGGCCGUUUUGACGUCAUCACUUUCAAGCCCUAUUCCCGUGCGGGGGCGCGGCCCGUGGCGUGCUGGUUAACUACGGUUUGCGCAACGCAAACCAACAUUUCAAUCAGCUGUGUGGUGGAUACCAGGCUAAAAAUUAGUGGCGGUCAAUUAUAGUGCGUUUCAAAAGUAUAGACCUCUAGACUUUUUCGAAUAAUUCAAAUUUGGUUUGAGCUUUUUGAGAAACUUCUUCAGAAUAUUGCUCAGGCAGCUCACGCAAUUUUUCUCAUGUGAAUUUCUAAGCGAUUGGAUAACAGACGCCCAAUUUCGGAAAAUUUUAUGCACAAAGUGAUCACAGAUUUUAUGUAGUAUUGAUGCUGGCCUAACGGUUUUUUGAAACCAGAGGUCUGGACUUUUGAAACGCACUAUAGUGGCGGUCAUUUCAUCAGUCUUGCAAGCUGUUGAAUGGUGUAAUCCCAGCACAAGUUGCUAUGUCCAACAAUGUUACAUAGCUGUUCGCUAUCGUCGCUUCCGCGAUGGGCAUGUCUGAGGUGAGGUGUGUGUGUGUGUGUGUGUGUGUGUGUGUGUGUGUGUGUGUGUGUGUGUGUGUGUGUGUGUGUGUGAUUUCCAAUCGAGAGGUCGCGGGUUCGAUUCUGGACGAUUAUGGUCGCACACGUCUUUCUUCUCUUUCUCAGACUCCUCCCGUCUUUCAUUCUCCUGGGUGGUUACCAACAGCCAGUUCAUGCCGGAGUAUGUGGUGUGAUGUGUGUGCAGAAAAAUAUGAAAAAGACCAAACGUAGGGAGUCACUGGCCAGAAAAAGCCUCUUCAUAGCUGUGUGGUGUAGACCAGGCUGAAUAGUGGCGGUCAAUUCUUCAGCCUUGCAAGCUGUUGAAUGGUGCAAUUCCAGCACAAGUUGCUAUGGCUUCUGCUGUAGCAUAGCCAUCAUCGCCUCCUGCGAUGGGCGUCAAAAGCUCAAAGGUUAAAGGAUAGUGUGUGUGUGUGUGUGUGUGUGUGUGUGUGUGUGUGUGUAUGUGUGUCUGUGUCUGUGUGUAUGUGUGUGUGUGUGUCUGUGUCUGUGUGUGUUUGUGUGUGUGUGUGUGUGUGUGUGUGUGUGUGUGUGUGUGUGUGUGUGUGUGUGUGUGUGUGUGUGUGUGUCCCAUAUGGUGCAGUGGUAUGUGCAGCGAUUUCCAAUCGAUAGAUUGCGGGUUCGAUUCCCGACGAUUAUGGUCACACACGUCUUUCUUCUCUUUUUCAGACUCUUCCUGACUUUUCUUUCAUUCUCCUGGGUGGUUACCAACAGCCAGUGCAUGCCGGAGUAUGUGGUGUGAUGUGUGUGCGGGCAAAAAAGAAAAAAAAAAAGACCAAAAAAAGGGGAUUCACUGGCCAGAAAAUGUCACUCCAAAUAGCUGUAUGGUGUAGAUCAGGCUGAAUAGUGACGGUCAAUUCUUCAGCCUUGCAAGCUGUUGAAUGGUGUGAUCCCAGCACAAGUUGCUAUGGCUUCUGCCGUAGCAUUGCUAUCAUCGCCUCCGGCGAUGGGCGUCAAAGGUCAGGUGUGUUUGUGUGUGUGUGUGUGUGUGUGUGUGUAUGUGUGUGUGUGUGUGUGUGUGUCUGUGUGUGUCUGUGUGUGUGCAGAAAACUACACAGACCAUGACUGCAGUGAAGAGUGUAUGAACCGUGCUACAAUAACCAGUUUAUCAUCGUCCUGAAAGUACUUCAAAAUGUCUAACAGUGUCGACGACGUCAAGCCCAGGAAAGGAAGACCGCCCCAACAGAAGGCACUCGCAACAGCCCUGUCAAAGCCAGCUACCGCCGUUUCAACUAGCGUACAGCGUGUCAACUCCAGGAAGGGAGCGCCCAAGAAGGUGCAGGCAACAACAAGCGCUCGUCGUAGUACUCAGCAACUACGACAGCGUCAAGUUGCAAGGACACCGACCAGGAGCUCAGCUGAUCAGAUAGCGCUGACUAACACUAUCUCGAAUGAACCAUUUGGUGAUCCCAAGUUCAUUGCUAAUAUCUUACCCUGGAUCUGUGAAAUUGAUACAACGAGGUUUCGACAUGCUGUGCAGGGCAAAUGCGUGUUCAUAAGUAUAACGGAAAUUGAGACAUUGCUGCGUCUGGAGAAAUACGAAGGAAAGGAAAAGCAUAAUUCUCACAUCAUCAGUCUUAUUCGUCCUGGAGGCACAGCUGCUUAUAAACUACUCUGCAAUGCAAUCCAUGACUUGGGUCCACUGUACAAUGAAAAGUACCAAGAAAUGCUUCUCCUGUUGCCCGUUGACCAGCGACCAACGGCCAAGACAUCCUCUUCCGAGACAGUUCAUGUUGCUACUACGCCUGCAGCCAGCAACACAGCUAACGAUGGCACAGUGACAUGUAAUACACUGACAGUGAAUGAUGAUGGAGCAGACAAUGGUGGGCACAUUCAACGUCUUAAACAACAUCUGCACAGAGUGAAUACACAUCUGUGCAAGACCACCGCUGAUCAUUCAGAUCUAACUUGCUUGUCCGGCGAUGUCAAGGAUUGCUUCGUGCCCAUGCAGGCUCUGACGGAGAAAGAUGCUCUGCAGCUGACGUAUCGUGCGCAACAAGCUGCAACUCGCCGUGUCACUGGAAGACAGCCAAUAUCUGACCGUACACCAGGCGUUGCUAUCCCAGGAGCUAAACAAGAUAAGAGUGACAAAGUGGAAGGAGGAAGGCAGUUUGUUCUGUCCAGCGCUAAGCAGCUCUUGUCUGAUCCCCAUUAUUAUGAAGGUGUAACUAGCGCUGGCAAAAGUGGUGUUGGUGUUGGUGGUGGGGAUGACACAGUUGACGAAGACAUUCUGGAAAGUUGCAUCGUAAUUGGGAACGCUGGGCAGGGAAAGACAACACUGAGCAAACGAGUCAUCGCCGACAUCAUGGAGACAACGACUGGGAAUCUGGCAAAGAUUGAAUUCAUUUUCUACGUGCCAUGCCGUGAUUUGACACGUAUACAGUCAACUGAUUGGUGUGUAUUUCUUGGUUUGGACCAGUUGCGCAUCAGUACACAGGACCAAUCUUCACUGCUCAAUUACCUCUCUGAACAUUCCGACCAGGUAUUGAUCGUUAUUGAUGGCAUCGACGAACUUGGCAGUGGUGGGUUUGGCAAAGGAUCAGCAGCCCAAGCUGUAAUAUUGAGGAGCAGCAGCAGUUACUAUUCACUACUACCUGAUGCUAUUGUAAUCGCAACUAGCCGACCAUCUGAUAAAGCGUAUCAGCACAUACAGCAUUUCCGCUUACGUUUUCGACUCCUCGGCUUCUCGGCAGACCAGCUCUUUGCGUACUGCUCACGACGGCUCGGAGAGGAGGUUGCGAAGCAGUGCAUGGCAGAGCUCUCGCAGCCGACCAACUGUCUGCUGAAGGAAGCCAUUCGACAAUCUCCACUCCUAUGUGCUCUGCUCGUUCAGCAAUAUCCCAUCAACAACUCUCUACCCUCCAGUGUGACACUUUUCUACGACCACUACUUACGCUCCUCAGUCGCAAAGCUGGAAAAGCGACGAGGAAAGUUUGGUCAAGUACGGCUUGCACAUGACGUCAUCAGUCACUGCAGUGGUGGCCGGCACUUCAGUUGUGGUGAUCUUGUCAGUAUCCCCGUGGUAAUAGAACAUCAUUUGGAGCGCUAUGUGAAGGAGACAAGCAACAAUGAUGAGGAGUGUGAUCACCAUGCUGUGGAGCUAGUCAAGGCAUUGCACAAUCUCUACACAAUGUGUCUUGCAACAUAUCAAAGGGGCAUGGCUACUUUUACAUCCACGCUGUCAACCCUCCACCAGUCCAUUUGUCAAGAUCUCGGCUUACUGCUCAACCCUGGUAUGCAUCCGUCGUUCGUCGGUUCCACUCAGACUGUGUCCUUGACUCACUUGACACUGCAAGAGUGGUGUGCAUCGAGAUGCAUCAUUUCUUCUGACUCGUGCGUAGACAUCAUCCGCAGCUGCAUCAACACUGUCGGCACAGACUUGAACACACUUGUCUUCUGGCAGUUUGUCUUUGGAGCACUAAAGCCAGACAUUCUAUUUUCAUCAUUGUUGGCUCUACAGUCUGAAAACAGCAUCAGUGAUCAUACUGUCAGGAGCAAGAAGAAGAUGCUUCUGUUCAUGAUGAGAUGUUUGAUGGAAAACCGCAUUUCACUCCAACAUAACCGCACUCUAGGAAAUCCCAAUCAGGACACUGACAUAGUCACACAUAGCUGCUAUGCUAUGUCAGCCAACCUCCUGGCCAGUGAUGGAAUUGAUGUUAGUGGAAUCCACCUUGAAGUUGUUGAUGUGAUGGCUUUACGUACUGUUUUGGAGCUUGUGGACCAUGUAAAGUCUCUGGAUCUCAGCGAUUGUAAUCUGUCAAGUGACAGUGUCAUUUUGCUGUCUGAUCAACUGGAUAAAUGCGUCAAGGUGACUUUGCGUGGUGCCCAUCUCACUGCAGCACCAUUGGCAAGCAUAUCAAGCACACUCUCUAGAUCAACACGGCGUACCCUCCAGGUUCUUGACAUUAGCAACACAAGGUUGACCAGUGGAUCUGCAGAUGGAGCAGCACUUGCUGGAUGUGUAAAACACCCAAGUCUAACGGUCCUGGAUGCACACUAUACAGUACUUGGCAAUGAUGGUCUGGCAGCAUUUGUGACCAACUUGGCUCCGUGUAACCAUCUCACAGAUCUAGCACUGUCAAGGUGCAGUCUGGAUAGUGGAUGUGGAUCUGACCUGGCAACACUGGUCACACAGUUACCACACCUUGAAGCUCUAUGGCUGAGUGACAACUCACUCUCCAACAGUGACGUGUCAUGUGUACUAUCCAGUCUCCAUUCUCAUGAUACCAUACAGCAUCUCUUCUUGAGCAACAACAGACUGACUGAUGAGCUAGCCGCUAGUGUGGUUGACUUUCUGCAAGCUCGUCGCGGUCGUGAGCACACUGGGAGUGUCAGCACAACACUACCACCAUGCAAGGUUUAUCUGAGCGGCAGUGGUGUAACAAUCCGUCUUCUACAGGAAGUGGCUACGUCUAGUCAAUGUGGUGGUGACGUAAUCGACAUUGGCAGCCGCUAUGCUACUGGUACUUCAGUACGGACUAUGUCAAUUGAUCAUCUGGUCAGUGUAUUUGGUCGUCACCUACAGAGUAAGGUUGAUGACUCUAUGAUGUCAUCACUUGGUCAGAACCUUGCAACCAACACUGACCUAGACCUACUGGACAUAGCACUGUGUAACAUCACCGAUGCUGGAGCAACUGCUCUGGCAACAUCUGGCCUUGCUCACAACACAGUGCUGAAAUACCUUCGUCUGACCAUCAAUAGGAUACAUCUAUCUGGUGUUGUGAGUGUAAUACAAGCAGUGACAUCACUACAGUCACAUGUCAGUGCAUUGGGUCUGCAGCACAACCCAGUGUUUCAUGAUAUACAGCCCAGUCAUGCUGAUUUCAAACUGCUAUGCCAGCUUCUCUCUGGAUUCCACCGGCUGCGCUUCAUUUCAUUUGCCAGGACGGGCAUGAGUGAUGAAGUUGGUGCAAGUAUCCUACACUCUCUCCAUCACCAUGCGCGUAUUGAAUGGAUGGAUAUGGCAAACAAUGAGAUUGAUGAUGCCACAGUGCAUGCCCUGGUGGAUAUGAUGAGGAAGAACACAAGCUUGAGAUUGAUCAGCCUCGAGUACUGCAAGAUCACCGAUGAUAGCAUUCAAGCCAUGCUGCAGUCACCAGGCAUCAUGAGGAUGGUGGGUGUACACUUGUACGAUAACCCAUGCUCUAUGGACAAACUUCGACGGCCAUUGUACAAUUCCGAGCUACGGUAUAACAACUCUACUGUCCUGGAGUUCAUCUCGGAUUGAUUGCAGGAAGACGUUGCACAACAUCAGCAUAUUCCCAGGUAUGUGUUGUACAGUAGUAGAUGUACAGUGUUGAUCAGUGUAUGAAAUACGGGUACACCUGUUUGUUGAUGAAUAAUGAUGAUCAGACAGACACUACACUAGUCACCCUAGCCAGACUCUCCAUCUACAGAUGUGUGUACUUGACCAGUACCAUAAAGUCUGCAGCAAACUUUCCGGUCCACCUCAGCUGGUCUGUAUCAGGGAGCAGUAAAG